CAAUCGAUUCGAUGAUUUCGACAUUGAAUCGACGUUGAUUCAAUGUCAAUUUGAUAAUUUCGACGUUGAAUCGACAUCGAUUUUAUUAUUAUUUCUAGCUGGGGAAACAAUUAUCACAAACACCACCAAAAAAUCUUGAGAUCACUUGAAAAAUCGGGACAUUAAUUAUCGCCAUCAGAGUAUCUUGAAAUACUUGGAAAACCAAGACAUCAAUUGUUAUCACCAGAAAUUUUAUGUAUGUAUAUACAAUACCUAAGCUAGCAGACCACACAGCUGACAUCAGCGAACGUGGCGAGUGAAUGGAGUGAAUAUUUACCGUGGCAUUCUUUCUGCGAAUAUGCGUAUUCUAUUUCGCGAAAGUUACGGAAACGAGAAAGAGACAGUUUAUGUAAAGUCGAAAGAUGGUUUUAGCGCAAGCGAGACGAAACUUUCUCUCACCGAAUCGCUAGCUAUUCGUUCCCGGAUCACGUCUGUCUUCAAACAGAUAUUCUUACCACAAGGAUAUCCAGAUAGCGUGCAUCCUGACUACACAGCAUAUCAGAUAUGGGAUACGGUGCAGGCUUUUGCGAGUACUAUAACAGGUACAUUGACGACUCAUUCUAUAAUGAAAGGAAUAGGUGUUGGAGAGUCAAAUGCUACACCCUUGGCAGCAGCAAUAACGUGGAUCCUGAAAAGUGGCACUGGGAUGAUUGGAAGUAUAAUGUUUGCAUGGUGGAAUGGAACCAAAUUAGAUGGACAAUGCAAAAAAUGGAGGCUAUUUGCCGAUAUCUUGGAUGACAUAGCCAAAGGAAUAGAACUGCUUGUGCCUUUUUUUUCCUCAUAUUCUACUGUAAUUUUGUGUAUCUCAACCACUAUGAAGUCUAUUGUUGGUGUUGCUGGUGGAGCUACGAGAACAGCACUGAUUAAUCACCAGGCAAUACAAAAUAACGUGGCAGAUGUUUCUGCUAAGGAUGGAAGUCAAGAAACUUGUGUAAAUCUAAUUGCAUCAUUCUUUGGAAUCUUUAUAUUAUCUUUUUUCCACGAUGGACGAUAUUUAUUAGAAUUGUAUCUCUUCCUGGUGGCUGUCCAUCUCUAUGCAAACUAUUCGGCGGUUAAAGCAUUGUGUUUAGAUACACUGAAUGAAGAUCGCUUAGCUAUAAUCGUUAAGAAUUACAUGAUAAACGAGCAAAUUCCUAAACCAGGAAAAGUGAAUAAAGAAGAAUCAAUAUUUCUGCUUACAAAUCCUGGUAGAAAUGUACAUGGUUUUAAUAUAAAAAUUGGUGUAUCAUUCACAAGUAUCUUGAAGAGAAAUAUAAUUUCACUCACAGAAAUGGAAUUUUUAUUAAAAUUCUUUGAAAAUAGGAAAUAUAUAAUAACGAUAGAUAUUGAGAAAAAGAAUAUAUUUAUAAUUCUUAAAAAAGAUAUACAAUCUAUUGAAAUACUCGAAGGAUACUUUUAUGCUUCAAUGUGUGCUUUCUAUCUUUGUAUAACAAGAAAAAUACCAAUAGACAUGCUACUAAAAUCUGAAACAACUGAAAUAUCAUAUCCAUUAUUGAAUAUACAUAUUCUAAACAAGAAUUCAAAUAGCAACGUACCAUUGUCAAUUGCUAGUCAAACUAUUUGUGCUACAAAUAUAAUCGUCACUAAUGAAUACAAAACAUUCCUUAAUAAUCUGAAAAGAAGUGGGUGGAAAACGGAAACAAAUUUAUUGGCAAUUGGCGCAUGGAGAUUGUCCAUGGAUAACAGGCACUAUCAUCAGAAAUAAAUUACUAACAAAAGUUAUGCUUAUAAUUAUUCCUUAUUAAAAUUUUUUUACUUAAUGAUAAACAGAGAAGAUGAUAAUAUGUGAGAAUAAAACCACUGUGAAAAAUAGA